AUGCUGCAACUAGAUUCAUCUCUUCCAGAGAAUGAGUUCUUCCGCGACGAGAUCCUCGACAGCCGCGAUCCUCUUCGUCAUCUCAUGGACGACAGUGAAUUGGAGGGCAUCAUCGCCUCCGACGGUUUGGCUCGUCCAUCAGGUUCUCUCUCUGAACUGUUGACUGUUCUCCCUCAGCAAUCUCAGUCUGUGCACGACGGCCUCCUCACCCUUUCUUUUGCACAUACAUGGCCCUCGAUACCUUCUCCUAUCUCCACAUCUCUCGUCGUCGAUGCUGCGCCAGGGUGUGGGGGUCUCGCAUGGCCAGCCGGACAGAUUCUAGCCAGCUAUCUCGUCCAACGCGGUCCAGAUUAUAUCAGAGGCAAGAACAUCCUCGAGCUUGGAAGCGGGACGGGUCUUGUCGGCCUCGUCGUUGGUGCUCUGAGGGAUGCGAAAACAUGGAUAACUGACCAAGCUCCGUUGCUACCCAUCAUGAAACAGAACGUCUCUCUGAACAAACUGGAAGACAAAGUCAUCGUAGCUGAGCUCAAUUGGGGGUCUCCAAUACCAGCAGACAUACCUCGUCCAGAUAUCAUCCUUGCAGCCGACUGCGUGUAUUUCGAGCCUGCAUUUCCUCUUCUCGUCCAAACUCUCAACGAUCUGUCGGAUUCAAAAAAUGAGAUCUAUUUCUGCUACAAAAAGCGAAGAAAGGCGGACAAACGUUUCUUUGGAAUGUUAAAGAAACAUUUCACCUGGAAGGAGGCAAGGGUCCUGGACGACCCUAACCGACAAAUUUACAAUCGGGAGGCUAUAACGCUGAUACAGCUGUUUAAGAUAAAUUGA